UACAAUAGGUUUAUAUGCACCUAUGUUUUUAAAUGUGCUAAGAUUUUUUUUUGUUUAGAUAUUUCUUAAAGCAACUAAAAAUUUGAUUCAAGCAAUGUUCAAAAGCAAAAUAAAGCCGUCGUCGCAACAGCAGCUUGACAAGAAAAACGAGUUAGGAAUGUUUGGGUUGACUUCGGCUGAUAUAAACAUCGAUGAAAAUGAAUAUGUCUCUGAUGGGUCAAACAGUGAUCUUGAAGCAGAACUAGCAGAAAUCAUUUCAUCAGGUCCAUCUCGUCCAAAAAGAAAGCAAAAACCCAAAAUGGUUUGUGCUUCCCAAUUAGAUGCUUUAGUAGCUGAGAGUUUGCGAGACAUUCCUUCAGAUGACGAAGAAGAUGAUGGAGAAGUCGAUGAUCCUGACUUGCUGGAGGAAUUGUCAGAAAUUGCUGGACAAACUCCAGAAGAGGUUGAUCAAUCAGACAAAGAAAAAAAAGAAAAAGUGGCAAUAUCAGUACCUUCGACAUCAACUAGUACUCUAGAUAUACUCAAAGCAAGAAUGGAUAUGUAUGCUAUGGCCGAAAAAACUGCAAAAGAAAACGCGGAUGCUGCCAGAGCUAGAAGGAUGAGUAGAGGAUUAAAAACUUUAAAAGACCUCGUAAAACAAGCUGAAAAUGGGAGAUCAAUAGAUCCUUCUAAUAUUCCGCCAGAAGUUUCAGUUAAACCCAUAAGUUCUGAAUUAGUAGUUGAUGAAAAUCCGAGGGACAACACACCAAAUUUGCCUUCUACUAAAACUGUUGGUAAUGUGGAUGAUCCUCGUUUAUUGACAUUAAAAGCACGUAAAAGUCAGUUUCAAACGGCUGCUCUUUUAAAGAAAAAAGCUGGUGAUAAUGAAACUGCUCUUAAAUAUAUUAAAAUAGUAAAACAAUUUGAAAAGGUUAUGGAAGCAAUAAAAAACGGUCUAGAAGUUGAUUUGAGUAAUAUGCCUGAAAUAGAAAAAGUUGAAACAAGUGUUGAAAUACCUCCAAAAGAAAUUCAUGAACGUGAGAAAGAUUGUAACGUACACAAAGAAAAAGGGUCAGAAUUUAAACCUACUAGCAUUUUAGAAGCGUUAUAUCAGCGUUUAAAAAAAUAUGAAGAGCAAGAAGACGCAGCGAAAAAGGAAGAAAAUUCAAGUAAAGCUCGGAGAAUGAAUCGCAUUUGUAAACAGUAUCAAGAUGCAAUAAAACUUCAUAAACUUGGCAAACCAUUUUCAGUAGAGGAUUUACCUACUCCGCCAGGGUUUGCUCCAAUCUUGAUAACGAACACAACGAGUACACCACAAAAUCCUGUUGUCAUCAAUAGUAACAAUGAAAAUGUUGAUAAAUCAGAAUCAGUCUCUUUGGCGAAAAACCAAUUUGAUGAAAAUAAAAGUAGUAAGAAUACUUCUUUGAUGAAUAAGCAUAUUGAAUUAAUACUAGAGCGUCAAAGAGAAUUUAAAGCAGCGGCUAUUGAGGCUAAAAACACUAAUGAAAUGGAGCAAGCUAAGGAAUAUCUCAGGGUAUAUAAAGGAUUAGCUAAAUUGUUAGAAACAGCAAGAGGAGGUAUUCCAAUUGAUAUAGCAACGAUUCCAAUACCUCCUAAAAAGAGAAUUCCUCUGGAACAUGGAUUUGCAAUAGUCAAUGUAGAAGAUAAUAACGAAAGUGACUUAGGGGAUAUAAGACUUCGAUUGGAGGAACAACUAUGUAGACAAUUGAUGAUGUGCAAAAACACACGUGAUCAUCAUAAGGCAAUGGGAGACGUAUCAGGAACAAAUCGUUUUGAAAAUCUUGCAUUAGCAAUUCAAAAGGAUCUUGAUUUUAUACGGUUAGCACAUAAAAAUAAUUUUACUUUGCCUAAAUUUCAUUAUGAGAAGAAAAGUUUUAAUAUUGUCAAAUGCAAUACAGAUGUAAGUGAUAAUCAAAUGGAAAUUCAUGUACUUCGAGGGAUAAACUACAGUGUGUCUAAUCCAAAAGAUAUUGAUACUUAUGUUAAAAUCGAAUUCCCAUGGCCCCAAGACGACCCUUUUAAGUCAAAGACUGCUGUUAUCCGAGAUACAGACAAUCCAGAAUAUAAUCAGAAAUUUUAUAUUGAAUUACAAAGAAAUUCCAAGUCUUGUACACGUAUUUUCAAGCGUCACAGUAUAAAAUUCGAAAUUUAUUCUAAAGGAGGGUUUCUCCGUUCUGAUACACUUAUUGGUACGGUAAAUUUAAAAGUACAGCCUUUGGAGACAACAUGCGAAAUUCACGACUCAUUUUCGAUUAUGGAUGGCCGUCGGCAAACUGGUGGAAAAUUAGAAGUGAAGGUUCGUAUAAGAAAUCCCAUACUCACAAAACAAGUUGAGCAGAUAAACGAAAAGUGGGUAGUGAUUGAUUACUGAAUUAUUGAAAUAUUUACCUAUUAAGAGUGUAAUAUGUAGUUAACAUGUCUCAAUAAAUAAAACUUCACGAUAAAAAUUAAAAAUUUCUAUUUUGGAUAGUUAAAAUUUAAAUAAAUCAUCAUUCAUUGUUCAAAACGUGGAAAAAUUGCAUAAUAAAAUUAUUUUAAUAACAUAUUUACAUAUUAAUCAUA